CCAGCACCAGGAAGAGGGGACAGGACAGAGCACAUCUCAGAAGACGCAGGUCGGGGGAGGAGAGAGGCUGCGGGCUCUGGGGGGACACUCUUCCUGGGGACCCCAGCAGUUCAUGGACCUUCCCGACCCCAGGCGCGGCCCCUGCAGGCCCCUGUUCCUUGUGGUGGCAGCCAGCCUGCUGGCCUGUGGGCCCCGCCAGGCCUCCGGGCCGCUCUUCAUCAGCCCAGACUCUCUCACUGCUGUUGAGAGACACAGGAAUGUCCUGGCCCUGGAGAACGUGCCCGAGGGUGUCCAGGAAUACAGCUGGUACCGGGGCGCAGAGGACAGCGCGGACACCAUGAUCAUCAGCUUCAGGCCCCCCGAUUCCAAGGUCCCUGGGCCCUUGUACAGCAACCUGGUGACGGUGACCAGCAAAGGCUACCUGUCCUUCAGGAUGUGCACCUUAAAUGACACGGGGAACUACACGGUUCGGGUGGACACUGGCAACGGUACCCAAAGAGCCACUGGCUGGCUGGAGGUCCUAGAGUUGGGGCCCCCACCGGUCAUCUCGGCCAACGCCAGCUCCGCGGUGGAGAACUUGGAUUCCGUGGCGGCCGAAUGCCACACCAACGCCUCCCACAUCGAGUGGUACCGGAACAGCGUGCCCAUCUCGGCCAGUCAGCGCAUAGCAAUAUCUGCAGACGGCAGGACGCUGGUCAUCCGCAGGGUCAGCCGCCAUGACAGGACUCUUCAGUGCGUCAUACAGAGAUACGAGAGCUUCCCAGACAUUCUUCAGAAAAGUGACACCAUCUCUCUGACUGUGGCCUAUGGGCCUGACUACGUGAGCCUGUCCACCAACCUCCAGGGCUUCGACGGUGCCCUGACUGCUGGCAUCGGCUCCCAGGUGCAGCUGGAGUGCUCUUGUGAUUCCAACCCAAGUCCCAAGUACCACUGGCUCCACAACGGCUCCCUGCUGAGCUCGGAUGCAAACUUGAACUUCUCCCUCGUGGCCUGGGAGCAGAUGGGCAAUUACCGAUGCAUCGGAGAGAACCUGGUGACCCAGCUGGCCUUCUACGGGGACGUCAGGAUCCAGCCUCCCCGACCCUCGCCUGCUCCUCCGCCUCCUCCUGGCUUCUCCAUCUCGGGCCCCUUGGUGGUGUUCCUCAUUUUGGUGACGUCCCUGGGCUGCGGCCACCUCUGUGGGAUCCUGGUCUACGGCCUGGUCAGACUCUACCUCCGCAGGAGGAAUCGGGCUACCUGACCUGAGACCUGGAGGACAGUCCCCGUCCAGCAAGGAGCUCCGGGGUUGCUGCGGUCCAUCCUGCCCUCCAUGUCCACGUGGCCGCUUCCCUGUGUCUCUGUCCAGAGGGCCCUGGAGCCUGGAGCCUGGACAUGGGACUCUGUGGUCACUGCCAAAGUUUCUCCUGGGAUAAGGACACUAGGCACUGGGUGUAGGGUCACUCGAAUCCAGCAGGACCUCAUAUUAACCUGAUGACAGGGCGGGGACCCUCCUUCCCAAGUCACGUUCACAGCCUGGCUCAGGACUUGAUCUCCCAUCUCUGGGGGCGGCUGCAACCCACAGCUGUGUGUGUCAGUGAGCAGGAUGACGAGACACCCUGAUGCUCCCCAAGCCCUCUCCACUCCCUCCCUCCCUCCUGGUGGUCCCCAUGGACUUGGGAGGACCCCUGGAGCCCUGGACUCUGCUGUCAUGGCCUCUGUGGUGGCCCUGCCCCCCACAGCACUGGACACAGGGUCACAGCCGCUGUCUCCAUACACCCCUGACUGAAGCCACCCACAUGCCCCAGGAAGAGCACGGGAGUGAGUGAGCCGGGGUGGACUCGUCCAGAGGACCCUCUGGCCACACAAAGGGACAGACAUGCUGCUCACGGUGGCAUGAGUCUCAGAACACAGCGCAAACUGCUCCCUGCGCUGCCCGUGGGCACAGCCCGGGAGGUGGGACAGGACAGACGUGCAGGGAGCAGAGGGUCUCAAAGGGCAGGAGUGAGGUCCUGACCCCCGGGCUCCACCCACUGUCCCAGGAGGUCACUCCCAGGCCAUCUCCCUCCCGGGCCAGCCAACCCCAGAUCUACAGCUCGACCUUGUGCCCUGUUAAUUAGCAGAUCAGGCCAGGAGAUGCCGAUUCUGAGGGACCUAUGAUUUAGGGGACUUCCCAGCAUUAUCUAUUGAUCAGGUAAUGGACCACGUCAGCCUGAGGACCCUGAGGUUGACCAGGCCACCCCCAAGCGUCCUGUAAUCACCAGGCUGACUCAGUCAAAGGUGGACAUCUCAGGGGAAAGGACAACCUGUGAUUUAAUAAACAAACAAACAAACCAACAAACAAUGGCGGGGGAGGACUAAGAGCAGCUCAGAGGGUGGGUAGGCGUCUCCAGGUUCACCUUGGCAGCUGCCCCUCUCCCUGAGAAGCACCAAGGAAUGUUGUCUCCUGCACAUGUGUCCCCUCUGCCUCCUUCCAUGUCAGACGGGAAGAGACCUCAGAAUCAGGCUGGAGUUCCAAUUCCAGCCCUACCCCAAGCAGCACAGGAACUCUGAGACAGCAGCAUAGCCUCUCUGAACCUCAGUCUCUUCAUCUGCACUGUGGGGUGGUCAUCUUACAGGACGCUGCAGCACAUGAGUGCACUGACAGCAAAGCCCCUGGCUGGAGACUCCCACAGCACAGCCCAGGGCCACAUAAAAGCCCCUGGAAGAUGGAUGCAUGUGUGUUGGGUUUGUUUUUAAGGGGAAAGCUGAUAUCUGAAUGCAAUGCUACCUGUGGCCCAGUAAGGACACCCUGUGAUCUGCCAUUGUGACACCCCGGUCUGUACCUGCAGACAGGUGCAGAAGUCUCCUGGAGGGAUGGGGAUUUGGCUCAGUUGGUAGAGUGCUUGCCUUGCGUGCACAAGGCCCUGGGUUUAAUCCCCAGCACCACAAAAAAAAAAAGAAAAAGAAAGAAAAAGAAAGAAAGUUUUUUAUAAGAGCAACUAAGAACAGAGCAGGGAGGAAGAGCAUGAGAAGAAGAUUAACAUUA